UAUCUGUUGGACAGUCCAGGGUUAAGUGAUCACUUGGUGAUUUAAAGUAAGUAUCCGUGCCAGUGGAAUCAAGCAGCUCAUAGCAGAUACAGGCAUCAGUGAAAAACAUCUUUUUUUCAGUGAGGUUAAAUAGUGAUGCGAUGACAGCCAUACCAUUUUCUCAAAGUUCUGCCCUGUUGGAUUGCCACUAUGUUCAUAAGAACCAUAGCAAGGACUUCCCUGGUGGUCCAGUGACUAAGAUCCCAAGCUCCCAAAGAAGGGGACCCAGGUUUGAUUCCUGGUCAGGGAACUAGAUCCCACAUGCCGUGACUAAGACACAACACAGACAAAUAAGUAAAUAAACAUUUAAAAUAAACAAAAGAACCUUACUCUUAAAAAAAAAAAAAAAAAAACAAAACAGGAAAGUCAUUUCCCACUUAGGGGAGAGUCUCCGAUUGAUUUUUCUCGACUCAGAAAUGUGAGCCUGGGAUGACCCGUCAAGGACAAAAAAAAAAAAAGUACCAACAUUUUUAGUGUCGGUUGCAAAGCAGAUGAUGGUUCCGAACAGUGGUCACUCAUGCAGAUCCUCCACCUCUGCACUGGUCCGAUGGUUUACAGCGCAGCAGUGCAGAGCCAAAGGGCACCCACGAGUUCAUUACAUAAUUCUUGGUAGCGUGAGGCCAAGCGCAUAUCUGCUCCGGGGGCCAGGCGGCAGGCUCUGCUCAGGCCCACCAUGGCCAUCACAGUGAUGUUUUGACAGAGAGUGUGCUAGAGGUUGUUUGUUUGGAAAAAGACUGACCAGCUCUUUUUUUUUUCCCCCAUCCUCCUUCCUCUCUCUCUUUUUUCCCUUUUAAACACUCUGGCAUAAUACUGAAUGACUUUGUUUUUAAGCUGCCUUAGCCUUGCUUUGUGAAGAAAAAGCCCGAGAAUUCUCUCCCUGUAGGACACAAGUGUUAUUUUUGGAGCAGAGAUUCUUAGCCUGAUCUCUGUCUAAACCAAUUUCUGUUCUUUGUGAGGUCGUGGUCUGGGGCAGCUCAGAGUCAUCUCCAUGGAGGGAAGCUUCCUGGUUUCAUGAGGCAGCCUGGGCCGAGGUGUCCAGGGGCCAUGCCUGGAACAUCCCUGCUUGGGGUCUCCACACACAGCUCCUUUGCUCUCAGGUCCCCUUCAUUAGGCUUGUGCCCUUGGGAGAGUCUGGGCCACCUGCCGUGAAGUGGGCGACUUCCCUGCUGAUGUCAUUUCACAGGAUGUUCUGGGUCAAGGUGACCCUCCCCUUUUAACAGGGUACUGGAGGUCACAGACUCCUCAGAACUAAGGCAGCCAUGUCUUGAAGAUCUCCACAGGCACUUGAGGGUGCCACCGGCCAUGGGAGAGCCACAGCCCCUGCCCUGAGAGUCACGACCUGGGCCUCUGGGAACAUGUCCAGUGACUCGCAGCUCAGAGCAUCCCCUUCUGUAACCUGCUCUGUAUCAGGCUGCUAGACCGGGGGAAGGAAAACCUCUCCAGCUUCUCACAGCUCCUCUUCCUGACCCGUCACUCCUAGGGGUUUACAGAGCUUGCAGUUGCUGGGAAAUGUAAAAUCAGACACAGUUGAAAACACUGCUGUCAACAGCAAACAGCGCAUCACCGUAGAAUGAGUCUUUUCCUUUGGUGAUUGGUCACUGGAUGCAGGAAGCAGGUGUGAGGAACAAGGCCCGGGGAUGAACAGGUAGACCCUGCAGGUGUUCCAGGUUGCUGGGUGAUCCGUGAUGCACCCGUCCCUGGCCAGCUAUACAUAGCCAGCAAAGCUUCUUACUAGAGAAACCUCUUUCCUCACCCUCCACCAGUCCCAUCCGUCACCCCAAAGAUUCGCUGUAAAUCCCCUGGAAGUCACUGCGUCUCGGAUCAGAGAGCUGCCAGCUGGCCCCGGGCCUGACCGCGUCCCUACCGCCGCCGCUCUCCAUCCUUCCUUGUCUGUACCAGGGGAGCACGAUCGGUGCUCAGCCAUGGUCGACAUGGGGGGCCUGGACAACCUGAUCGCCAACACGGCCUACCUGCAGGCUCGGAAGUCCUCGGACGCCGACAGCAAGGAGCUGCAGCGCCGGCGCCGGAGCCUGAUGCUGCCCGGGCCGCAGAGCUGCGAGCAGCUCCGCCAGGCCCUGGCCACCGACUUCCAUAGUCUGUGCGAGCAGCAGCCUAUUGGCCGCCGCCUCUUCCGGGACUUCCUGGCCACGGUGCCUGCGUACCAGGAGGCCAGGGGCUUUCUGGAGGAGGUGCAGAGCUGGGAGCUGGCCGAAGAGGGCCCCGCCAAGGGCAACGCGCUGCAGGGGCUGGUGACCACUUGUGCCGCCGCCCCUGUCCCGGGGCACCCACACCCCUUCUUCAGCCCAGCUCUGGUCACCAAGUGCCAAGCAGCCACCAACGACGACGAUCGAGCAUCCCUGGUGGAGCUGGCCAAGGCCGAGGUCAUGGCCUUCCUGCAGGACCAGCCCUUCCGGGAGUUCCUGGCCAGCUCCUUCUAUGACAAGUUUCUGCAAUGGAAAGUCUUCGAGAUGCAGCCAGUGUCAGACAAGUACUUUGAAGAGUUCCGGGUGCUGGGGAAAGGUGGUUUCGGGGAGGUAUGUGCUGUCCAGGUGAAAAACACCGGUAAGAUGUAUGCCUGUAAGAAACUGGACAAGAAGCGACUGAAGAAGAAAAAUGGUGAGAAAAUGGCUCUCUUGGAAAAGGAAAUCUUGGAGAGGGUCAGCAGCCCGUUCAUUGUCUCUCUGGCAUACGCCUUUGAGAGCAAGUCCCAUCUCUGCCUGGUGAUGAGCCUGAUGAAUGGUGGAGACCUCAAGUUCCACAUCUACAGCGUGGGUGAACCAGGCCUGGACAUGAGCAGGGUGGUCUUCUACUCGGCCCAGAUGACCUGUGGCGUGCUGCACCUCCACUCCCUCGGCAUCGUCUAUCGGGACAUGAAACCCGAGAACGUGCUUCUGGAUGACCUCGGCAACUGCAGACUGUCUGACCUGGGGCUGGCCGUGCAGAUCCAGGAUGGUAAACCCAUCACCCAGAGGGCUGGAACCAAUGGUUAUAUGGCUCCUGAAAUCCUAAUGGAAAAAGCGAGUUAUUCCUAUCCUGUGGACUGGUUUGCAAUGGGAUGCAGUAUUUAUGAAAUGGUUGCUGGACGAACACCAUUCAGAGAUUACAAGGAAAAAGUCAGUAAAGAGGAUUUAAAGCAAAGAACACUGAAAGAGGAAGUCAGAUUCCAACACAGUAACUUCACAGAGGAAGCAAAAGAUAUUUGCAGACUCUUCUUGGCUAAGACACCAGAGCAACGCUUAGGAAGCAGAGAAAAGUGUGAUGAUCCCAGGAAACACCAUUUCUUCAAAACCAUCAAUUUUCCUCGUCUGGAAGCUGGCCUAGUUGAACCUCCAUUUGUGCCAGACCCAUCAGUGGUUUAUGCCAAAGACAUCAAUGAAAUCGAUGAUUUCUCUGAGGUUCGAGGAGUUGAAUUUGAUGAUAAAGAUAAGCAGUUCUUUCAAAGAUUUGCAACAGGUGCUGUCCCCAUAGCUUGGCAGGAAGAGAUUAUAGAAACAGGACUGUUUGCAGAAUUGAAUGACCCCAACAGGCCUGCAGGUUGUGGGGAGGGUUCAUCCAGGUCUGGCGUAUGUUUGUUAUUAUAAGUUAUUAUCUCUACCAGACCAGCAGCAGGAGUCUCAGCUGACAGAAUCCUUGAAUGUUCUUAAUACAUGAAAUCUGUUGUGGAAGACUGAUCAAUCAGGAGGGGUACCUCAACUACAGAACAGUUCAAAAGACAAAUGAACUCACCACUAGGACAUAUUUGCUCUCCUUCCUUCCCUCCUUUCCUCCCUUCUUCUUUUCCUCCCUACCUUACUUCUUUAUUCUUUCUUUCUUCCUUCACAAAGAAAAGUACAGUCUCGGUUUUCACUGAGUGCUGGGAAAAGGAGCCCUCAGAUUUGUUUUGAUAAAGUAAAAGCCUGAGCCUUCGCCAUCAUGCCCUUGAAAAUGACGUCAAGUCCUAGGAACAGAGGAUGGAGCUUUGGGGUAUGCUCAGAAAAAUGAGCAUUUUCAAUUCUUAGUAAAUAAUCAUUUUAGUUUUUCUUUGUUUAUAUCUUUUCUUCCUUUCAUCUUUCAGUAUUUCUUCCCUUUCUGUACUUAUGAAAAGGAUUUUAAACCUGAAAAUAAAUAUUUCUGACUUCCUUCUCCCUUGUUUAAAAAAAAAAGGGAGUGGAUUGUAAUAUUUUGGAAAUAUUUC